AUGAUUAGUUGUAGUAAAUGCAACACUAGGAUUCCUCGUCUAACGUCCGGUGUUGCUCAAUAUCGCUGCUCCUGCUGUGGUUACGUUACUCUGAUGAUUGAGACGACCAAGCCAGCUCUUGCACAGCACCACGAUGAGGGUCAGCAGCAGCAGCAGCAUAGCCAUCGGAGGCGUGCUUCCAGCUGGAUUUCGCAUAUGAAGGGACCAUCACCAUCAUCUUCGUCGUCCAGGAACUCUAAAUCCCCAUCACCGUCAUUGUCAUCGCCAUUGUCAUCACCAUCACCAUCAUCCUCCUCCUGGUCAACAUCAACAUCAACAACCAGCUUAAUAAAAAGCUGCGGCAGAAAGCGCGCAGUUCUUUGCGGGGUGACAUACAAGUCGCGCAAGUACAAGCUCAAAGGAACUCAGAAUGAUGUCAACAACAUGAAAGACUUGUUGAUCAAAACCUUUCAUUUUCCAUCCAAAUGCAUACGCGUACUCUCAGAAGAAGAUGAGCAAUUAGAUAAAAAUCUGAUUCCGACAAAGAAGAACAUCGAGAAAUCCCUGAAAUGGCUUGUGGAGGGGUGCCAGGCGGGAGAUUCGUUGGUGUUCUACUUCUCAGGACACGGGCUACGGCAGCCCGAUUUCAAAGACGACGAGAUUGAUGGUUUCGACGAGACUAUUUGCCCUCUUGAUUUCAUGGAAGAGGGCAUGAUUCUUGACAAUGAUAUCAAUUCAACCAUCGUUCACCCACUCAAGAAGGGUGUCACACUUCAUGCUAUCGUUGAUGCUUGUCAUAGUGGAACGAUUCUUGAUCUACUCUACGUCUACGACCACAGAGAGAACAAGUGGAAGGAUAACAGUCCUCCUUCUCGUGCUAUGAAAAGUACUAGUGGAGGGUUGGCAAUCUGUCUCAGUGCCUGCGAAGACGAUAAAAUGGCCGCCGAUACAACUGCUUUUAACCGAAAUGUAAUGAAUGGAGCCAUGACAUACAUUCUUAUUGAAACUAUUAAGAAACACUCUGAGAGUGGAAUAACGUAUGGGAAUCUGCUCGACUCCAUGCUUGAUCAAAUUCAAAGGAUUAAUGGGGAAAGAUGCCUCAACUCCAGAAUCUUGAGAAAAGUUUUCCGACACAAAAUCAUUCAGGAACCUUUAUUGUCAUCGUCUAAAGACUUCGAUGUAUACACCACGAAAUUUCUCUUGUAAUGACAUGUAGGCAGUUAAAACGUACUGGCAUGUACUGGUGUCUUGUUAAUUUGCAAGAAUCUCC